AUGAAAAGUCAAAAUUCAGCUUUAAAGAAUCUGGAAAUUCAGUUAAGUCAACUCACAACUUUGUAUCAGAAAAUAUUCAAGGUCUCAUACCAAGUAACACGGAAAAAAAUCCAUAGGAGCACCUUAAGGUCAAGUAAGAACCUUGAUGAGCAAUAUACAAAUGGACAUGAAAAGAAUCAGCCAGAUCAAAAGGUAGACGAAGGUAAGAAUGUUGAAACACCCUCUAAACAGUUAGAUGAAAAAGAAGAAAAAAUAAUUGAAAAGAUUACUCUUUUUCCCGAGGCAAUUCCUUUUCCACAAAACACGAAAAGAGAGAAGCUUGAUAAUCAAUUUGCAAAGUUUUUGGAUAUUUUAAAGCAAAUUCACAUUAAUAUUCUUUUCGCUGAUGCUUUAUUACAAAUGCCUUCGUAUGCCAAGUUUCUAAAAGAAAUUUUAUCAAGCAAAAGGAAUUUGGAAGACGUUUCUGUGGUAGUACUUACUAAAAAAUACAGUGUUAUACUUCAAAAUAAGCUGCCACAAAAGCUUGGAGACCCAGAUCAAAGUACUAAGAAACCUAAGGGAAUCAUUGAAAAUGUUCUUGCAAGAGUAGAUAAAUUUAUUUUCCCUGUAGAUUUUUUAGUACUUGAAAUGGAGGAUUGUCUUGAAGAACCAAUAAUUUUGGGUAGACCAAUUCUUGCUAUAGGUAGAGCCAUAAUAGAUGUCCAUCAAGGACAACUAAUCUUAACAGUUGAUGAAGAAAAAGUCAUUUUUGAUAUGCAAAAGAUGCUAAGAUUUUCAGGAGAUGAGACAUCAUCUUCAUGCAUUACAAUUGACAUGAUUAGUGAUCUUGCAGAUGAAUUUAAAAAUGAUAAAUUAAUUCUAGACUCUAUGGAAAGAUGUUUGGUCAAAUCUGGCACCCCAUAA